CCAUGUUGCCGCGAGCUUGUUCCGGUAUCAGGGCAGGAUCGUGCGCAUAGACUCGAUCGGGCGCAGCUCCUCGCCUCUCUCCCCCUGUCGCCCGUGACACGCACCUCCCAACAAGAACACCCCACUUGACCAAUAAUGGAUUUUACAACUUGAUGAUUCCUCCUUCAGUCGGCUGGUUCCGGGAAUAAUAUCAGCAUCUGUACCGACGGACUGGUGUCUAUCGCCUCUCUGCAGUGCAGCACUGUUGAACGACCUUAUUCCAAUCACGCAACACAGGGAAGAGCGCCGGUGAUUUCCGUGGAUUUUGAGUUUUGAGGUUUUGCUCUGCGGCCGCAGGAAGAUAAGCUAACUAGCUAGCGUUGCUUCGAAAGAAACACCGAGUUAGCUACUAGCUACACGGGCUAACGUCGGCCAGCCAGUUAACUAGCGCCACAGAUUCGUGUUUCUCACCUGCCAUGUGACCAUUUUACAUGGUGCUGCGUUUUGUCUUUUUUGGAUACCCUGCCCCUGGAUAUUUCGCUGGGAACAUUUUGAAUAGUUUUGUGUGAGUUGGGGAAGGUCAAGACCUCGCCGGGAAUAACUUUGGCCUGAAAGUUUGUGGACCCCGGAUUUGAUUUCAGACCAUCUCUGCCACAAAAAGAGAAAAAAAACAGGCGUCGACACCUUGUUGUGAAAACGACGCUGGAUAAACGCUCGAUGUAGAUUUCGGGGACAGUUCUGGCUUCCUCAGUUAGCAACCUUACAGGUUAGCAUGCUAGCCACAUAAUUGAACCUUGUCUCGUUCAAUACAACCAUUGCCCCAACUUUUCUUCAAGCUAGCCCGAGCAGCUAGCUGGUCAAGACGUCAGAGCACCAGGCUGGUAGCUCGCUGGUUACCCUCGGCACUGGUACAUGCUAAAGUGGAAACUGUGUUCACACCAACACCGAGAGCUAAAGAAGACACUUUUUAGCUUUUCCUGUUUUGUACUUGUUGACAAACAUGGGCCGUGCGGUCGCUGCUAGCUAGUUUCUAGCUAGCUAACUCGGCUAGCCGCGGAUGUGGGAUUCAACUUGUUGAUUCACGGGCUAUCUGUCGUGCUGCUAGCUGGCUAGCACCAGACAUCUGUUGGACAUUUUCCUCCACCACAAGCUAGACAGAUUUUAAAUGCACAAUAGACACUGACGAGUCGUUUUUGCUUCACUGUUCCCUUUUUUGGCAACUUCCAGUCUAUCAAAAAUGUCAACAAGGACCCCACUGGUGCAAGUCAUUGAGAAUUCGACGGGACAGGAGACCAAGUCGUCUGGGCGCUCCAGCAUGCCGCGAUGUCGGAACUCCGUUGCCACGACCACAUCAGAUGACCAGCCGCACAUUGGUAACUAUCGGUUGCUAAAAACCAUCGGCAAAGGCAACUUCGCCAAGGUCAAGCUGGCACGACACGUCCUCACCGGAAAAGAGGUGGCUGUAAAGAUCAUUGAUAAGACACAGCUCAACUCCUCCAGUUUGCAGAAGUUUCACGCUCUUGUCCAUCUCCAGGAGCUGAGGGAGCGCGUGCUGCGUGGUAAAUACAGGAUUCCUUUCUACAUGUCCACCGACUGUGAGAACUUGCUCAAGAAGUUCCUCAUUCUGAACCCCUCCAAAAGAGGCAGCCUCGAGGCUUCCUCCCAGCAGCAGAUAAUGCGGGACCGGUGGAUGAAUGUGGGGCACGAGGAGGAAGAACUCAAACCCUACAUCGAACCCCAGCCAGAUUAUAAAGACCCCAGGAGGACAGACAUCAUGCUGACGAUGGGAUUCUCUCAGGAGGAGAUCCAGGACUCGCUGGUGAACCAGAAGUACAAUGAUGUGAUGGCUGCAUACCUGCUACUGGACUAUAGGAACUCUGAGCUGGAUGAAAGUGGCAUCAAGCCCCGGCCUGGAUCUGAUGUAAGCAACAUAAACGCCCCCUCCCCGCCUCACAAGGUGCAGCGCAGUGUGUCGUCCAACCAGAAGCCUCAGAACCGCAGAGCCACCGACCACGGCUCCUCCUACUCUAAGAGGGGGGAUCGAACAGACAACCGGACAGCAGGAGAAGAUUCUGGGAGGAAAGGUUCGUCAGGCAGCUCCACUACCAAGGUGCCGGCCAGUCCUCUGGUCCCCUCUGACCGCAAGAAGAGCGCUACGCCCUCCACCAAUAGCAUCCUGUCCACCGGUACUGGUCGCAGUCGGAACUCUCCUCUGACGGAGAGAGCCACGUUGGGUCAGGGCAUCCAGAACGGCAAGGACAGCCUAAACAUGCCGGGCUCCCGCGCCUCCACUGCCUCGGCCGCUGCCGUCCUCUCCUCCUCCACCUCGUCCUCCUCGCGUAUCCGCCACCACAAGUCCCUGUCCUCCUCCAAUCAUCCAUGCCCCUCUGACCUGCACGCACCACGGCCCAGUGCCCCGACUCAGCGGGCGCCCGGUGCCUCCCCAUCUGCCCACAACAUCAGCAGCGCUGCCGCGUCGGACCGUACCAACUUCUCCCGAGGGGUGGGCAUCCGCAGCACAUUCCACGCGGGCCAGCAGCGGGGUGCCCGGGACCAGCAGGGCUCCGCCUACCCCGGCGGGCCCGCGUCCCCGUCACUGUCGCACGGCAACAGCCAGGCCCGGAGGGCGCACGGCGCCACGGGGAUUUUCAGCAAGUUCACGUCCAAGUUUGUACGCAGAAAUCUCUCGUUCAGGUUUCCGAGAAGGAGUCCGUAUGAGGGAGAGGGUCGGGAUGAGGGGAGCAGGUCGAUGCUGAGCAGCACGGUGGACAAGUCGGAGAAGACGUCAGGUGGCGUUCUCUCCUCUUCCUCCAACAAUGACGAGAACAACUCCUCACCAGGAUCUGUUAACACCGGCGGCACCGGCACCCCUCCUGCCAUCGGCAGCCAGAAGGACCCGACCAAGCCGCGCUCGCUCCGCUUCACCUGGUCCAUGAAGACCACGUCGUCCAUGGAGCCCAUGGAGAUGAUGCGCGAGAUCCGCAAGGUCCUCGACUCCAACAGCUGCGAGUACGAGCUGCGCGAGCGCUACAUGCUGCUGUGCGUGUCGGGCAACCCGGCGCGCGACGACUUCGUCCAGUGGGAGAUGGAGGUGUGCAAGCUGCCGCGGCUCUCCCUCAACGGCGUGCGCUUCAAGCGGAUCUCGGGCACGUCCAUCGCCUUCAAGAACAUUGCCUCAAAGAUCGCCAACGAGCUCAAACUGUGAGUGCGGAGGAGCCGCGGGGAGGGAUGAGAUUAAAGCUUGGAGGUGGGAGGCGAUAGUGGGGAUGAGGAUGUAAGCGAGGUGUGGUGGUGGGGGGGGGGGGCACAGUGUGGAGGUAAGCUAAAAGGUGGGGAUCACUUUAAAAAACAUAACACGAUUGUUAUGUGGACAGAGGUCUGAAGUAGGGCUAUUGCUUCUCUGAGACUAGGAACCGUUUCUUUUCUAGGAGUUUUGUUCCUUAAGUUCCCGAGGCCCCGCCUUUAGAAGCUCUGAGUUGAUUUCCUCUGAGUUGUGAAGUACUUAUAGACCGAGGUCUUCUCUCUUCCCUGCUGGGUUUUUGUUUUUUUUCUCACGUUCUACUUAGACGUUCCACUCUUCUGCAUGUUCGAUCUGCUCUCUCUGUUUUUUAGUAGUCACACUUUUGAUCGCUCUGACCACUCCUGUCCCUUCUUCCUGCUAUUUAUUCAGUUUGUCUGAACGGUCCUGCUGCCAGGUCUCUCUUUUUUUUUGGGAUGGGUGGGGGGGACCCGGGUAAAGAAUUGGGGAUGGAUGGAGGAUAAAAAGGGUGGAGAAAUUGCUGGAAAAACAAAAUUCUACUUUCUCUCUGAAUAGCUUAACACGUGGCAAUGAGUGACAGGAAGUUCGGAGCCUUAUUUUGCUGGAAACUCAAAAAGGAGUUCUGAUUGAAUUUGUUCUGAUCCUCCUCCAACACGUAAUGGACUCCAUCUGAGCCAGGACUUUGUUUGCUGAAGCCCACUGUCUCUCUCUCUCACACACACACACACCUACAGAUUGAUGGAUUUUUGACUGCUGCUGUUGGUUAAAGGACCCUCUCCACUCCACUCGCCCACCCAAACCUCCCCUCCCACACAAAAAGGAACUUUUAACAAUCCACCUGAUCCAUCCUCCCACCACCACCUCCCUCCUCCUCCUCACCCCUCACACACUCACUCUUCAGCACCCUCUCUCCAUCUAAUUUCAAACUGAACUCAGCACAAACACAUCCAUCUUGUUCGCCUCUUCACUCCCUUGUUUUCCUCCCUCUCCUCUCACGCCAUCAAGUCUGAGGAGUCCAGUCAGACUUGAUGAUGAUGUCGUCGACCGUACGGGCUUCAACGUGUCUUCAAGUCCGUACUUUUGUUUUUUGUUUUUUUUAUUUAGUUUCUUCUUUUAUGGCAUUUAAGCAAAAGAGUUGUGCACUGGAAAAGAGGGACACUGGGCAGGGGAGGAUGGCUCGUGGACGGGGUUGUUGAUGGAUUUUUAUGUUGCCUUUCAUUGUAGAGUUAAAUUUGGGGUUUGUUUUUGUUGUCAGCACAUAAAUGCUUGAAUGAUUUAUUUGUGUUUUUUUCCUUAAUAUUGGUAUCACUUCAGUUGGCAUCACGCCUUCAUAUCCAGAAUGUCAACCCUGAACCGACGCAUUUGUUGUCCCCGUUUCUCCCCCACACACACACACACUCUGCUACACAACAAAAUGUGUCUUUGGAGUACAUAACAGUUUGUGAGUGUGAGUGUAUUAUAAAAGAUCACUGGAGGAAAAAAAAAAGAAUUAACGACGAACGGUGAAUUAUUUUCUUCUACUUUUGAUUUGAUAAUAUAUUUUUUUGUGUCGUUGGAAAUUUUGGGGUUUGUACAGAUUUGUUUUUUUUUCUUUUGGGGGGGGUGAAGGGUCAUGUCGGAUCAUAUCAUUGCUGCCUUUUCGGUGUAGUGCACCUUUAACACAACUCAUAGUGUAUCGGAUUAAACACAACCCCUCCCCCCCAUGUGCAGACAGCAGUUAUCAGUGUAUUUAAGGAUGAUGAUGAUGAUAGUGGUGGUGACGACUACUGCUACUUCAAGUUUUUGGCCAUUUUCUUUUCUUUUCUUUUCAUGCGUCUGUUGUUUUUGUUCAAAGGCCUUAUCGGUCCAGACUGGCUUGAAGCAGAAAGAGAAAGCAGGAAAAACCUUCGCCGAAAUGUUCUCGUAUCGGAGCACAUGUUCACGUUCAAAACCACAAACCAGAAGACGUCACUUCCUUUCUCUCGCUUUGCGUUGUUGCUCCAUUUUGUCGAAGCAGAAGAAACACACACACGCAGGCGGGGUCAGAGAAAGGAGGAUAAUGCUGCGUCCCGUCAGCUGGUUGUACCUAACUUUUCUUUCUUUCACAAUGACACACUGUCGUUUUUGUUAUUU